AUGCCUUUGGAAAUAGUGGCUAAGGACUCUGUGACAAUCAAAGCUAUCAAGACUGCGUUGGAGGCGGAAUCACUGUUUGUGAAGCCUAUAAUCAAAGAAGAUUCAUAUCGGAUCAUCCGUACUUCCAUCGAUGAACCAAAGGAACUUAUUUCUAUGUUCCCAGGUGUAGAGUUUAGAGAAUAUCAACUUGCCCCCAGUAGAAAUGGUUUACCAGUGAAUGGGAGAGAUAUAUUGAGUUUCCAUCGUGAAUAUUUUUCCCAAUACGUUAAAGAUUCACAAAUUGUUGAAGAAGAACUGUUAAACUAUCUUCCUACAAAAUAUAGUAUCUAUCCACCAAUGUUAUUAUUUAACAAUUCCGAAAAGAAAUCGUUAUUGCAUGAGAAAGUACACAAAUUUUUCUCAAAUUAUAAUAUUGAUCGUACUCAAUAUUACAGUCAUUUAUUAAACGAUUUUGCACCUUUCAAAGAAUUAACAAUAAUUGCCAUCAAUAAACCGAUCUUAGUGGAAGACACAUUGAGACAACCGCACAAUCUAAAAUUGUUAUAUCGUGAUGAUGGCCAACCGUUGGAUGAAUUCGAUGACAUAUGGUGUCAAGUGGCCCAGAAUGAGAUUAUACAAGUAUGGAACCCGAUGUAUACAAUGUUCUCCCGAGGAAACAUCAAGGAAAAGAAGCGUGUCCUUGAUACCUUUCAAGACGUGGAAGCUAACGAUGUCGUUGAUCUAUACUGUGGUAUUGGUUAUUUUACAUUCAGUUAUUUAAAACUUGGAUGUCGUAAUUUAUUUGGAUUCGAAUUGAAUCCAUGGAGUGUGAAGGGUCUUUGGAAAGGAUUUGAUGCUAAUGAUGGAUUUAUACCCAAAACAGACAAUAAAGGGUCUGUUUCAAGGUAUCGUGGUGACAAAGAACAAUAUUGUCAUAUAUACAAUGAAAAUAAUGAAAUGAGUGACCAAAGACUUCAAGAAUUCCGCAACCAAUCAACAUCCGGAGAGUUACUUAAGAUAAGACAUAUUAAUCUAGGUUUACUUCCUUCCAGUCAGCAAGGGUGGCCCGUAGCAUUACGCCUUUUAGGCAGCCAUAACAAUUGGGACGUAUGUUCUUUAUCAACAUUACAUAUCCACGAAAAUGUCUCUAUAGAAGAAAUUAAUGAUGGCAGUUUCGUUAAACAGACAAUAACAAAGUUAGAAAUAUUGGGAGCAACUCGCUAUCAAUUCAAUAGCACACAUUUGGAAAAGAUCAAGACGUUUGCGCCCGAUGUUUGGCAUAUCUGCUUGGAUGUCGAUGUUACUUUGGCAGCGACCGACUGA